AUGAAGAAGAGAGGAGCAAAAAAGAGCAACAAUAAUAAUAAUAGUAAUGUUGAAAAGUGCUCCAUUCUUCGAUUUUUCUCGUUUUGGUUGACAACAAUAAUAAUAGUAAUGGCGACUGGAGGUUAGUUGGCUUAAAAAUUCACCAGGAAAUUUUGGGCGCCCCAGAAAAUCAGAUACCUUUUCAGUAAACGCAUCUGACGAUGAGGAACGACUUAUGGUUGAUGUUUUUCGAGGAUAUAACUCACUUAUUCAACCGGUCAAAAAUUCUUCGCAACUUCCGUUGAUUGUUAAAAUUGCGUUGCAAUUAGUUUUGCUAAUUAAUGUGGUGAGUUUAGGUUUUGGGAAAAUUGUGAAAUAAUUUGAGUCGCGAACUUUUAAUCAAGCGAGUUCCAUAAUUUAAUCUUCAAUAUUUUUUUAAAAUUGAAAUAUUGAUUUUUAUUUCCUAGAAGUUCUGAAAAUGUUCAUUCCAUUUGUGAAUCCACGUGGCUUCUUCAGAACCUUGAAUUUUUUUUUUCAAAAAUCAGAAUUAACCGCUUGCAACGUCAUAGCUCAUUUUCAAACCCGCCUCGACUUUUUUCUAGGACGAGAAAGAUCAAGUGAUGCACACCAACGUCUGGCUAACCCUCGUAAGAUUUUUUUCCCCAAUUUCCUGUCAAAUUUCAAUUUCACAUAUUCCUAUUCAGAAAUGGCAUGAUUUUCAAAUGCGUUGGAAUCCGGUGAAGUACGGCGAGAUCAAAGAGAUUCGAGUUUCACCGGAUAAAGUUUGGCUGCCAGAUAUUGUCCUCUUCAACAAGUUAGUCUAAGUCUAGAAUUUCAUUUCUGGAAACAAAGAUUUUUCCAGCGCUGAUGGUAAUUACGAGGUGUCAUUCAUGUGUAAUGUUGUGAUAAAUCAUAGUGGAGAUAUGUUAUGGGUCCCGCCGGCAAUUUAUAAAUCAUCGUGUAUCAUCGAUGUCGAAUUUUUUCCAUUUGAUGAACAAACUUGCACAUUGGUUUUUGGAAGUUGGACUGUGAGUUCUAGAUUUCCCCCUAUUUCUAAUAAUUUCCAAAUAAUUUUCAGUACAAUGAAAACGAGAUCAAGCUCGAAUUCGAUCAGGCUGAACUUGUCGACACUUCGGAAUACUCUGCCAGCUCGAUUUGGGAUGUUGUUGAUGUGCCAGCUACUCUCACCAAGAAACGGUCUAGAAUAGAGUUUCAAGUGCGGAUUCGUAGGAAAACCCUGUUCUACACUGUGGUUCUUAUCAUCCCCACAGUUCUUAUGGCAUUUUUAUCGAUGGCUGUAUUUUUUCUACCCACGGAUUCCGGCGAGAAAAUAACAUUGACAAUAUCAGUUCUCCUUUCUAUUGUGGUUUUCCUGCUUCUUGUCUCAAAAAUUCUACCACCAACAUCUUCGACAAUUCCGCUGAUGGCUAAAUAUCUUCUCCUAACUUUCGUCCUAAACGUCAUAACAAUUCUGGUAACAGUUAUAAUAAUCAAUGUAUAUUUCCGUGGUCCUCGAACACAUCGAAUGCCUCCUUGGGUCAGAGUUGUGUUCCUCAAAUACCUUCCCAGAUUCAUAUGUAUGGAUCGUCCCAAAUCAUUUCUCAAGCGAAGUUUUGUUCGUCAAGCAAUGGCACAACUUCCCGGAAUCGGUCAAUUCUCUCUACAUCCAUCGGCUCAUCAUCCGCUAUGUCCAUCUGCAGAAGAGCAUAAUGAUUCAAAUCGUUUGCUGGCUGGCGCGGAAUAUUAUCCAUUAUCUCCAGAAGCGAUGAGAGCUGUUAGUGCUGUUGAAUACAUAACAGAACAUUUGAAGAAAGGCGAGCGGCAGAAGGCGGUGAGUUUUGUUUUUUUUUCUAUUUUUUAAGGGCCUUACCCUUGUUAGCCUAUUUUCCUUUUUAGUAUCGAGACGAUUGGAAAUACGUGGCAAUGAUAAUCGAUCGCCUCCUUCUAUACAUCUUCUUCGGAAUCACAAUCGGUGGAACUUGCGGAAUUCUCUUCAGCGCCCCCAAUGUUUUCGAUAUCAUUGAUCAAGAAGAAAUCCUAAACAGUUUGAAGGCAAAGUUCAAAAGUCGAACUACUGAAUAG